AUGCGUUCUCGAUUUGAAGAGUGCGACACCGACGGGGACAACCUUCCAGAGGGAAUGACCCGUAUCGGGUAUGAUGCUGAUACUGAGACAUACACCUUUAUCAGCAGAGACGGCAGCAUCUGGGAAGGUUCUCCCGGAAACCGAUAUGGAAGUCUCACAAGGGUCUGCCACCCACUUCAAAGAUUAUCCGACGUCCCAGUAGUGACCUUGGAAGAUCUCGCACCUCCACCCUCAGCUCGAACGGAUGAUCUCGCGCCAGAAUUUGCGCCUCUGAAUGUCCAGAAAAAUGCAGGCGGCAGACGAAGAUCAGCAUCAAGGGUUCUGUUGCGUAACCCGAAAGUCAGUGUGGAUAGCCCGAGCCAAUUCGACUUAGGCUUCGGUCAGAAUGCGGCUCGCCAGGAUAUCCGAAUCCGCGCGGUUCUCAGGCAGCCACCGGCACGACGCUUGUCAUUAUCAAUGAAGGACCACCACCGCCGCGGCCGAGAGCGAGCCAUCACGUCGACUCGUUGUGUUUCCGAUCUGCAGCUGUCGGCCCUCAGUGAGGAGAACUCGUCCGGGGAGACGAAUCAUGGGGGAGAACAAACAACCGAGAGGGCUUGGUACCCCUAUAUCGAAGAAGUCCACCUUGAGGUGUCGCCAAGCAAUGUGAUUCCACACUGUUGGAUGAGCCCAUCCGAUCUUCUCAUUCGCUACCAAACAACCUCACGUUCCACAUACUCCAUCAUGAGGUCCUCCCUGUUGUUGGCGUCCGGCGCUGCUGCCGCUGCCGUCGAUCUGAAGCUCGAUGGCCGUGCUACGAACACAUCCACCACGUCCUACCUGGCCCGUAUGGCCGAUACCCAUAUUCGCAAGGGUAUAGAGUUGGACUUCGGAUACACAAACGCGGUCAUCUAUGGAGGACUCGAGUUGGCAUACGCUCUCACCAAAAAUGAGUCCAUUGCAGAUGCAUACGAGCCACAGAUGUCCAUCAUCAAUGAAGAUGGCUCUAUCAAGGAGUACGAGUACGACUUCUACUCACUUGAUGAGUACCGUUUCGGCAUGAAUGCUCUCUGGUGGUACAACAGAACUGGCGAGGAGAAGUACAAGAUCGCUGCCGAUGGGAUCCGUGGCAUGCUCGACAGACACCCACGCACGCCUUCAGGUGGAUUCUGGCACAGGGCUCCCAUCUAUGAGAAUCAAAUGUGGCUAGACGGUAUUUUCAUGGCCGACUCUUUCUAUGCCAAGUACACAAGCCUGUACGACAGCGACAACACCACUGCGUGGGACGACAUCGUCCAGCAGUUCGACAACAUCGAGCAGUACACCCGCAACCACACGACGAACCUGCUCGUCCACGGCUAUGACGAGUCGAAGAAGGCUAUCUGGGCUGACCCGGAGACGGGCGCUGCCCCCUUGGUGUGGAGCCGUGCUGUUGGAUGGUACAUGGUCUCUCUGCUCGAGACCAUCCCGCUGAUUCCCGAGUCCCACGAGGGCCGCGAGAAACUGACCGGCUACUUCCAGGCCCUGGCCAAGGGCGUGCUGGCAGCUCAAGACUCCGCCACCAGUGGCUGGUGGCUCAUUAUGGACUUCCCAGGCAGGGAGAAGAACUACAUCGAGUCGUCCGCCAGUGCGAUGUUCACCUACGGCCUCCUCAGGGGCGUCAGGACUGGGCUGAUUGAUGCUGCCACUUACCUGGAGCCAGCAAAGAAGGCAUAUCAGGCGCUUGUUGACGACUUCGUCGUUGAGAACGACGAUGGCACUUUGGAUUGGGAGGGCACAGUCCUCGUUGGGUCUCUCAACAGCAACGCUACCUUCGAGUACUACACAUCCAUUGCGCUGUCCCCCAACGAUUACAAGGGGGUCGGGCCAUUCAUGUAUGCCUCCUACGAAAUUGAAAUCAUGUAA